UUACAAAUAAAGUCACAAAAUUAAUUUCGAUCUCUUUUUUUUUAUUUUAAAUUUAAUAAUAAAUUAAUUAAAAUAAUUCAAUGAAAAAAUGACAGCAAAUUGCAUACUGUGUUCUGGUUCAUAUCCUGAGGACAAAUUGACCAAUAUUGAGGAGCAACUGAUCUACUCAACAUCAUGUUCUGAAGUUAUUCAAGUUCAUUUCUCAUUUUACGCGAAAAUCUUUGAAAGCACGAAAGACUCAAUACAAUCAGCAUGUGAAUCAUGUUGGUCCAAACUUAAAGUUUUCCAUGAAUUCCACACAUCCGUAUCCAUUACUUAUGGAAUCCUUGAAGAAUUCACUGAAGAUGAAAAAGUUGUAAUGAACUGGGAGGACUUGAUUGAAGAAAGCCAUGAAGAUGCUGUUGAUUACGAAUUUUCAGAGGUGGAAGCUUUAGAGGAAUGCAUCUUAGAAGAAGAAAUCGACGUUAAAGAUCCUGAAAUUCUCAAAAAUCCAAUAAUUAUCACUCAAAAUUUAUUAAUUAAAACUGAGCCGCUCCCGCCACAAAAAGUGAUUCCAAAAAUUCUCAAUACAACUCCAACAAAUCUCAAGUCGAUGUACAAGACGUCGCACUUUAAGGCUCGUCCAAAUCCAAUUAAAAUUGAUCCUGAAGAUGAUCAAAAAAUUAAACAAAUUGCCAGCAUGUUUUGUGACAUCUGCUCACAUCCACUGAGUAGUUUCUCACAUGCACGAUCACAUUAUCGUAAUCAGCACAAUACAAUCGGGUAUCUAAUAUGCUGUGAUAAAAAAUUUAAGCAACGGAAUCGACUUGUUGAUCAUAUGAACACUCACUUUAAUGUUUCUUAUCCUUGUCAUAUUUGUGGCAAGACAUUUGAUGCCAAAUCUUACUUAACAAGGCACAUGGCUUAUCAUGAUGAUCUGAAGCAGUUCGAAUGUGAUCAUUGUGGUAAGAAGUUCUCUAAAAAGUUCCUAGUUCGCAACCACAUCCUGAGCACCCAUCGGUACGAAAACAUGACACCAACUUACGAAUGUUUAAUCGAUGGCUGCUCAAAAGUAUUUGUUAAUGAAGCAAGACUGAAGCAUCACAUGAAGUACACACACUCAAAAACUGAUCAGGAACAAUGUGAACUUUGUCCAAAAACAUUUAAAACAAAAGCAGCAGUUGAGGAGCACAUGAGGAUUCAUUACAGAAGACCUGAAGAUAGAUACAAGUGUGACAUCUGUGGACAUUACAUUGCUGACUUAAAAUCAUUUAAAAGACAUGUGAAGAAUCAUGAGACUGAGGGUAUGGACAAUACUUGUCAUUAUUGCGGGAAGAAGUCACCGAAUUUAAAUGCUUUGAAGAAGCACAUCAGUUUUGUGCAUGAGAAGGUGAAGAAUUAUCAAUGUAAAUACUGUGACAAGUGUUUUAAGAGACCUAGGACCUUAAUUGAUCAUGAAGCGGCUGUCCAUACACUUCAGGAGCUUUAUACGUGCUCGUUCUGUCCAAAAACUUUUCGGAAUCAAUCGAAUAUGUUGGCGCAUCGCAAGAAGAACCAUCCUGAUCAAUACCAAAAGCCAUCUUACAUGCGAGAUGUUGUUUAGGUGGAAUUUAAUUUUAAUAUAAGUCGUGCUAAUUAUGGAACUCCUGAAUAUUAUUCUGUAAAUAAAAUUGAAUCACAUUUAACAGUAUAAGAAAAUAAAGUUAAAUAAUUUAUAAGCUACAAA